CGUGGCGUACAGAGCUGACAGCUCUGCGGGGGGCGGGGAUGCGAGCCGGGCGGCGCUCGGCCUGGCUGUUAUCUUUGGAGCCAGCGCGUAUGGAGAACAGGAACCAAGCCUGUGAGUUGUGGAGGUGUCACGGGGCCCUGGGUGGUCACCGGCUGGUAACACACCGCCAGUGCUUACAGACCUUUGAAUGUGUGCAGCUGAAAGUGCCCAUCAUUCAGCAGCUGUACCACUGGGACUGCGGGCUGGCCUGCUCCAGGAUGGUGCUACAGUACCUGGAUCAUUUGGACAAUGAUGAAUUUCAGAAAGCCAUCCAAGAACUCCGGUUAACAAAGAGUAUCUGGACUAUUGACCUGGCCUACCUAAUGCGGCACUUUGGUGUUAAGCAUAAAUUUUGCACCCAGACACUUGGAGUGGACAAGGGCUACAAAAAUCAGUCAUUUUACAGGAAGCACUUUGACACAGAAGAGAAUCGAGUGAAUCAGCUCUUUGCACAAGCCAAAGCCUCCAAGGUGCUGGUGGAGAAGUGCACAGUAACAGUUCAAGACAUCCAAAAACACCUGUCCCAAGGUCACGUAGCCAUUGUCCUAGUGAAUGCAGUCUUGUUACUGUGUGACCUUUGCUCAAGUCCUGUCAAAUACUGCUGCUUCCUACCCAUUGGACAGAAGUGCUUCUGCAGGAAUCCUGACUACCAGGGCCAUUUCAUUGUGUUAUGUGGCUACAACACAGCCUCAGGGAGUAUUUACUACAACAACCCUGCCUAUGCUGACCGGACAUGCUGCACCAGCAUCAGAAACUUUGAAGAAGCCAGGAGAAGUUAUGGCACAGAUGAGGAUAUUCUGUUCAUCUACACAGACAGCUGACACCCACAGCUGUUACUUCUGGUCCUUUCUGGUGCAGCCUGCACAGCAGCUGGCUGCUUGUCUCAGGACACCCCCUGCAGAGACCUUCCUCCUGAGCUGCAGUGGGAUCUUAAACAAGGGAGGCUUUAUAGACAUUGAUAGGACUAUAUUGCAAUGCUGUCUUUACCUUUUAUUCCAGAUGAAAUAUCUGAUUUUGCAACGUAUGUCAUAGGUUUUUUUUUUUCCCUCAUUUUUAACACUGCACAUUUGACAGCAGUUUUGAAAUACAGGCCCAAAGCCUGGUCACGUGGAGCUUAUUUUCAAAUUAUACACAUGAGGAAAAAAAGCACUGAAUUUAUGAACUUCAACACUUGGUAAUAGAUGCAUAGGUUUAGAUAAACAAAAGCAGGAAAAAAACAGACAGUACCUGUUUCACUCUCUUUCAAAGCAUCAGGGGCUGAUCUUCAUCCUCAGUCUAGGGAUCUGAGGUUCAGCAGGGAAUUAUGAAACAAAGAAAUACUGAUGUUAAUUCACCUUACUUUCAGAUAAUGGAAUUGCCUUGUUGGCUAAUCAGUAUUAUAGGAGUGAAACAUUUACUCAAGGAAACUUCCCAUGUACAAAAUUCAACUUGCACAGUGUUAGCAUUUAUAAUACCAUUGGAUUAAGCUUUGAAUAGCAGUCACUGAGAUUGUUCCCUUGCACUGCAAACUCCAUCUCUUUUGGCUAAACAUUUUCAGAUGACUGUCUAGAGCUCUGUAUUACCCCAAAACUUUAAGUAAGGAUAUUUGUUUGGACCUAGGAGUCUUCACUACACUUUGCAAAAUCCUCUAGACAUUAUGGCACCCAUGGGUUCAAUUUUCUGAUGCACCCAAAUCUAAAUAUACAUUUAUGAAGCAAGUACAGAAAUCAUCCACACUAAUAGUGUAUGUUUUGUGUGUAAAUUUUAAAUAACAAGUGAGACUAGAUUGUAACUAAAAUGCUGAAUCAUAUUUUGAGCCAAACUUUCCUAGUUAUGUUCAUUUAGUGAGCUUCUCAGAAGAGCUUGAAUCAAUUAAGAAUACAGGGAAUACAAGCUUCUUUUUGCUAUAGUAACAAAAACAAAACCAAAACUUAUACAACAGCUGCAUUUGGAUUAAGUGGGAGUUCUGUUCAAACAUUUUCAAGUGAAAUUGUUAGUAGCCCAUUCAUAAUCCUGUCAUGUAUUACCAGGGUUUAGUGACUGUGCUGAGGAGCUCUGUAGAAGUGUAGAAAUAGCCACAUACUUCAGAUUUGGCCAUCAGAAUUUCUGACAGGUAGGUAAAAUUGUUAGUAUUCAUGUACAGCUGGCAAAAUUUUGUUUUGCACUUUAGGCAGAGAUCUCACACCUUUGGCAUGGCUUUAGGAAAGGAACUGUUCAGGUUUUGGAACUGCAUGGAAUAACAAUAAAUUGAUAUUGUUAUUUAUGGGGGAAAUACUUUCAGCAUGAGAAAAUUUCUAAGAGAAACCAUCUUCUACCAUUGCUGGCUUACUGUAAAGUAUCUGGAAAGCAUGUAGUAAGUAUGCAUAGUAAAGUCAAAAGCACUCCUUUGUACAGAAGCUAAAAAACAGCAUCGUAAGUGUAAAAUGCAGCAGGCUUUGAGAAGUUCUGAACAAAAUGUACACAAUAAGAAACUCUCAGUGUACCUGAUCCUGUUUUAUCAGGAGUGAAGCUGGAUUGCAUUCUGGCAGCUGUCCAUGCAAAAUGAGUAAAAACUGGGAUGUAUCUGUGAGCAGCAGAACCACUGUAUUAGUAGAAGCCCAGAAAAUGAUCAGAGUACAAAUCCUACAGUAGAUAACACCUUCUGAUCCCUCCAACAGUAGUCAGCAGAUGGCUACUGGUCUUGGAAAUUUUAUACCCAUGUUCAAAUUCACAAUGUUUGGCUUAGAGGGAUUGUAUUAACUAUGUUAAUAAUUAACAGCUAUGUAAAUUACAGGUUGAUAAAAGUAGUACUUUCUUAACCCAGGCAUUUUCCUUCAGGUAGUCCAUUCAGUAGCACUGAACUGCCACAGAAUUUAUUUUUUUAGAGCAGGCUUGGUUAGCAAAAAAAA